UUUAUUGAAACAGUGUUGCCACCCUUACACUCGUCGAUUAGACCAGUUCGAUACACUGGUUCCGCGCGAAACCGCCCACCUCUAGUCCUUUUCACUUUAGCGAGGCGAAAUUGUCACAUUUACAUUUGACAAAAUUCGUCGACAACACCCCCAUAGACAUCAACAGUAGCAAGAGCAGCAGCAACCACAGCAACAGCCAAGAUGCCCAAGAAUAAAGGAAAAGGUGGCAAGAACCGUCGUCGUGGUAAGAACGAGAACGAGUUCGAGAAGCGAGAGCUGAUCUUCAAGGAGGACCAGCAGGAGUACGCGCAGGUGACCAAGAUGCUGGGCAACGGUCGUCUGGAGGCAAUGUGUUUCGAUGGCGUCAAACGCCUGUGUCACAUUCGGGGGAAACUUCGCAAGAAGGUGUGGAUUAACCAGGGCGAUAUCAUAUUGGUGGGAUUGCGUGACUACCAGGACUCGAAGGCGGAUGUGAUCUUGAAGUACACUCCGGAUGAGGCCAGAAAUCUGAAGACGUACGGCGAGUUCCCCGAAUCGGUGCGCAUCAACGAGACGGUCACGUUCGUGGAGGAUGGCUUCGAUGAGGACAUCGAGUUCGGCGAUGAGAUCAGUUCGGAGGACGAUGCCGAUUCCGUUGACAACAUCUGAUUAACAAGAAACAAAGUGGCGCCGGGAGGGACGACGACGGCGGGAGCGGCGGGUACGUCCGCCUCGGCAGCACCAGCAGCAGAGUCAGUUCGAGAAUAGUAGGAAUUUAACCAAUUGUAAAAAGCAGAAAGCCUGAAACCCCGAGUCCUGUUCGAGAACCAAUCAACCAUCCAAUCCAACCUAUGAAUCCAACAUCCACAGAGCGGCGCAGCGGAAACUAAACAACAUAGAGUUUAAAACAACAGAAACCAAAACUAUAGCAUCAGUUAAAUCUUAGCCACUUUAUUGUUCAAUAUUCUUAAAAAUUCUCUAACUUGGUAAUGCAAGUAGGUUCAAAAAUUCUAACAGUUUGAUUUAUGGCAGCCGCAAAACAACAAAUUAUACAAAACAAAUAGUACACUGUGCAAGUAAUACAACUAUGCGAAACAUAAACUAAUAUUAUUUGAAUUAAAAGAAAAAAACAAAGAAAAACAUAUUAGUUAUUAUUUACCUAACAAAUCUAUCCAUCUAAAUGAAAAAAAUUACAAAAAAACAAUAAUAUUAUUGAAAUCUGCAACUCAUACAUAUAAAAUAGGAGUUUAGCAAACACUAAUGUUUAAGACAAAAGGGAAGAAAAAUAUGAACAAUAGUCAGCGAAAGGAAACAGAGAGUUUCGAUUGUAGCUAGCUAGCGAGUAAGCAAAAUCAAAUCCAUGAGUUUUCGACAGAAAAAUCUAUGCUCCAUCCCCCAAGUGUUCCUUCUCAGCAUUUCGUCUCAUUUCUUGUUUUUAUUAUUCACCUGUGUUAUAUUUUGAUGGUUUUUCAUAGCGGUAUCAUAUUCCAAACGUCCUUUUGUUUUUGCUGUCCAUGCAUUCAGUUUUCUUUUUAUAGUUUUAACCUAAUUCGAACCAAAACUAUGGAUGUGUAAAAAGUAAUGAAAAUAUUGUUUUUGUAAUGAGUUGAGCUCCAAUAAAUGGCGUUGAUUAACCCGAAUGCAAAACAGCA